AGUGAACUAUAACAGUCUCCCUGUGCACUUUAGCAGAAAACACACACUACACCCUAUCCAGAGGUCACACCGCGAGCUGGGGCUUCCCAGAAAUGUAGAGAUCUUCCUCUGCGCGUUCACACACACACGUUAUUGCAUCAAGAAGAAGGAGAAGAAGAAAAGUUGGUCAAAGAUGAUCUCCGCGUGCCUGGAGUUUCUCGGUCUGGGACUGUGCGUCACCGGGACCCUGCUGGUGAUGGUGGCCUGCGGGUUGCCCAUGUGGAAAGUGUCCGCCUUCAUCGACGGCAACAUCGUGGUGGCGCAGACCAUCUGGGACGGUCUGUGGAUGUCGUGCGUGGUGCAGAGCACCGGUCAGAUGCAGUGUAAGAUGCACGACUCCGUCCUGGCGCUGACCACUGACCUCCAGACGUCUCGCGCUCUGACGGUCAUCUCGGCGGUGACGGGCGUCGUCGGUUUGAUCGUCACCCUCGCGGGCGCGCAGUGCACCAACUGCAUCGGCGAAGAGUCCGUCAAGGCCAAAGUGGUGAGCGCAGGAGGGGUGAUGUUCAUCGUCGCGGGCGUGUUCGUGUUGGUGCCCUUGUGCUGGAUGGCCAAUAGCAUCAUCUCCGAGUUUUACGAUCCUAUGAUCCCGUCGUCGAAGAAGAGAGAGAUCGGUGCCGCGCUUUACAUCGGAUGGGCGGCAUCUGCCAUGCUUCUGCUCGGAGGGGCCAUUCUGUGUUUCUCUCGUCCUCAUGAUGAUGAAAAACUCUCGUACCCCCUCAAAUAUGUACCGACGAAACCCGCCACGGUGAACGGAGACUACGAUAAACGAAACUACGUGUGAACGUCGCGUAAAGAUCGCGGACUUCUGUGCGUAAUGAGCUGCGGAACACCUGAACACUUACCGUGAUUUAAUGUGCUGAGGUGCUUAAGUGCUUUCAUGGGACGGAAGCUUUUUUAAAAGACUACAACUAAAAUGUUACUGUUGUUUUAGACAAAGUAAAACGCUUUUAAUAAGUGUUCAACGUCAAGACGGAUUCAAGACAUUGAGUGACAGAAUGCUUUCGCGUUUUUAGAGCAAAUUUCUGUGUCGUGUUUAAGAUGUGUCAGAGAAGUUUUUAAAGUUAUUGUCAUUACAGUCAGCAGCUCCGACACACACACACAUACAUGUUUAAUAACCAAAACCUUCUGGCUGUAUGUUGUUUUAUGAAUCUUCAAUGUUCAUUUAAAAUGAAAAGAUUUUUAUAAAUAAGCUUAAAUGGAUUUUUAUGAAUGAAUAAAUGUGUUAUGCAUAUAUCAGUACAUGUUUCUUGUUACACUUUUAUAAUAAAACUGUUGAACCACAA